AUGGCAUCCCAAAUGGCUCGCUUCAGCCUGACUCUGCUCGGUGAGGGAAAGCUGACACGAAGAGAUAUCGAUCUGGACGAUGGUGAUCGUAUCGUAAUCGGACGUUCUUCCAAAUCGGACCGCAAGCUCUUGCCGUCUUCCAACAACUGUCGAUUCGAUUGUCCAGUGGUGUCCCGUUCGCACGCUGUCCUCCUUUGCAACGAUGGCGAAAUCAGCGUCCGUGAUACAGGGAGCUUACACGGGACCUGGGUGAAUGAAGAGCAGCUCACAGACGGCAACGAGGUCGUACUGCAGGAUGGCGAUAUCAUCAAAUUGGGCGCCGAAGUGUUGCGAGGACAAGAAAACUUUCAAGCUGUGCGACUAGUCGUCAACCACUAUCGCCAGCCUCCAUCCGAACACUUACCGUCGACUUAUGGCUAUGAUUCCGACUUCGUCGAGGAAGAGGACGAAGACGAAGAGGAGGACAUCAUAUACGGCAUGAGCUCUCACAGUUUUGCGGAGGGACAGGACGAGAUGGCCACGCCAGAGCAAAGCAAAGUAGGCGCUACGCUCGUGGUCCCGGAGUCUAUCGAAGAGUCUUACCUGGGUCUAGGCCAGUCUCAGUCACUGGCAUACCACAAUGCGCUUCCGGAGUCUGGAUCAGUACACGGUACAGGUCAGAGCAUUGUCGAGCCUCGUGAUAUUGACGAUGAGCCUGAGCAAGAUGAGGUCCGAGAGGAGUCCGACAGGGACCAGUCAUGGAGCGACGAUGGAUCUGACUCCGGCGAUGAGCAUAUUCACACCGACAGCAUCGUUGCUCCGGUAUACACGAGCUCUGAGAAGUACGAUGGACAACCCUUCAAGAACGCUGUCGUCGAGCCUGCGUUUACGGAUCAACAAACAUGGGAACCGUCCGAAGCAGGAGCUCUAGUAAGCAAAGUCACAGAGUCGCCUCUGGUAGCAAGUCUGCCGACACCUCCGACAACUCACAACCACAGCUCUGGUCAGUGGUACGAUCCCGUUCGCAGCGCUCAUCAGGAGAGCUUCCCGGAGAGCAUCGAGUUCCGUGAUGUUUUGCCGAAUCAGGAAUUCAAUCUGAGCAUUCCAACCACGGCGACUGUCGCAAAGAACCCAGACGUACUACCGGUGCAAGACAGUGUGGCGGAGAGGGUCAUCGACACCCUUGAAAAGAAGAAACGCAAACACUGCGAUGUCGAAAGGGCGAGCACAGCUCAAGAGGAACCCGCCACCAAAAAGCUGGCAGUUGCCCAAGAAGGACAACUCAAACCACAAGCAAGCCGUCCGAUACGUCGUCUGCGUACGCUCCCUAGUCGUGCUACUGUCCGAAAGGUAGCGACACAGGUAUCACACGUCACGGCCGGUGCUGUACUGGGUAUGGUCGGCACUGUGGCAUUUCUUUCUAGCCCAUACGCUGAGCAAUUGAUCCGGUGGCUCGACUGA